AAUGCAGAUUUAGCAUCCAGCGCUCCCUCUCUCCCCAUACACAGCUCCCCACUUAGGCGCCCCUUGCAGCUCCUCGGGCCGCCUGCGGACCAGCUUUCUCCCCCGCGCUGGCUGCACACAUUGCUUUGCUGCUUUGCAAACCCAGAAACAAUUUCUUUCUGGACACAAAGAUUUUUUUUUGCAAUAAACAACAACAAAAACAACAGACUAGAUACAUACAUCUCUAUAUUUUUUGCACCUUCCCUCCUGUUCCCCCGCUCCGCCAGUCCGCGCGCCUCCAAGCAUCACUUUUCCGUGCAAAGAAAGAUGAAGGGUGGCCGUGUCUCCCAGUGGAAAGCGGCCGCCGGGCUCUUCGCCUGUGUCCUGGUUUUUGUCUCUGCCGAGCGACCCGUCUUCACGAAUCAUUUCCUUGUGGAGUUGCACAAAGGGGGAGACGAAGAAGCUCGCCAAGUUGCAGCCGAACACGGCUUCGGAGUCCGGAAGCUCCCUUUUGCUGAAGGCCUAUAUCACUUUUAUCACAAUGGCAUUGCAAAGGUCAAAAGAAGACGCAGCUUGCACCACAGGCAGCAGCUGGAGAGAGACCCUAGGGUAAAGAUAGCCUUGCAACAAGAAGGAUUCAAUCGAAAAAAGAGAGGGUAUAGAGACAUCAAUGAGAUCGACAUCAACAUGAACGAUCCUCUAUUUACAAAGCAAUGGUAUCUGAUCAAUACAGGGCAAGCUGAUGGCACUCCAGGCCUGGAUUUGAAUGUGGCAGAAGCUUGGGAACUGGGUUAUACUGGAAAAGGUGUUACUAUUGGAAUUAUGGAUGAUGGGAUCGACUAUCUCCACCCAGACCUGGCCUCCAAUUACAAUGCCGAAGCAAGUUAUGACUUUAGCAGCAACGAUCCCUAUCCUUACCCUCGGUACACAGAUGAUUGGUUCAACAGCCAUGGAACCCGAUGUGCAGGGGAAGUUUCUGCCGCCGCCAACAACAACAUCUGUGGGGUUGGAGUAGCAUAUAACUCUAAGGUGGCAGGUAUCCGGAUGCUGGACCAGCCAUUCAUGACGGACAUAAUUGAGGCCUCUUCCAUCAGUCAUAUGCCACAACUCAUUGACAUCUACAGUGCCAGCUGGGGUCCCACGGACAAUGGGAAGACAGUGGAUGGUCCGCGGGAGCUCACACUUCAAGCUAUGGCUGAUGGAGUAAACAAGGGCCGAGGUGGCAAAGGGAGCAUCUAUGUGUGGGCCUCUGGGGACGGGGGCAGUUACGACGACUGCAACUGUGACGGCUAUGCCUCCAGCAUGUGGACCAUUUCCAUUAACUCGGCCAUCAACGAUGGCAGAACUGCCUUGUAUGACGAGAGCUGCUCCUCCACCUUGGCAUCUACCUUCAGCAACGGCAGAAAGAGGAACCCCGAGGCUGGCGUGGCCACUACGGAUUUGUAUGGCAACUGCACCCUGAGGCAUUCUGGAACCUCCGCGGCUGCUCCUGAGGCAGCCGGCGUGUUCGCACUGGCUUUAGAGGCUAACUUGGAUCUGACCUGGCGAGACAUGCAGCAUCUGACUGUGCUCACCUCCAAACGGAACCAGCUUCAUGAUGAGGUUCAUCAGUGGCGACGGAAUGGGGUUGGCCUGGAAUUUAAUCACCUUUUUGGCUACGGGGUCCUUGAUGCUGGAGCAAUGGUAAAAAUGGCUAAAGACUGGAAAACAGUGCCUGAGAGAUUCCACUGUGUAGGAGGCUCCGUGCAGGAUCCUGAGAAAAUACCAUCUGCUGGAAAGUUGGUGCUGACCCUCACAACUGACGCAUGUGAGGGGAAGGAGAAUUUCGUCCGAUACCUUGAGCAUGUCCAAGCUGUAAUCACAGUCAACGCAACCAGGAGAGGAGACCUGAACAUCAACAUGACGUCCCCAAUGGGUACCAAGUCCAUCUUGCUGAGCAGGCGUCCGAGGGAUGACGACUCCAAAGUGGGCUUUGACAAAUGGCCUUUUAUGACCACCCACACUUGGGGAGAAGACGCACGAGGAACCUGGACCCUGGAGUUGGGGUUUGUUGGCAGUGCAGCCCAGAAAGGGGUGCUGAAGGAGUGGACACUGAUGUUGCACGGCACUCAGAGCGCCCCCUAUAUUGACCAGGUGGUAAGGGAUUACCAGUCCAAGCUGGCCAUGUCCAAGAAGGAGGAGCUGGAGGAAGAGCUGGAUGAAGCUGUGGAGAGAAGCCUGAAGAGCAUCCUGCACAAGAACUAGCUCUGCUCGCCAGUCUCGCUGCCUCCCUCCCUCCUGCUCCCCUCUCUGCCUCUCUGUCCUCACUCCACACUUCCAUCAAGCAUCUAGCAAUGACUUACACACAUACACACACACACACACACACACACACACACACACACACACACACACAAAACACACGCACGAUUCCAAUUUCUUGAUCUGAAGCUGCACUCACUGUUAAUGAUGAUUUUCAUUCCAAUGGAAACAGUCUUUUUUUAUUCUAUACCCCAAAUACAAUGUUCCCACAAGCA